GCUGUCACCUCUCCACUUAACCAUAGCCCCUCCGGCACUCCGGCGACUUCCCUCGCCGUGCACACACGCGACGAUGCGCGGCGAUCGCGCCGCUCGCGACACGCGACACAACAAAGAUCACGAUAACUUAAAGUCAUCACUUAAAAAGGGCAAUAAAUCAAAAAAGCACCGAGUUGUCUUUGAUGAGAGUGCUAAUGAAUUUUUUGAGGCCGAUUAUAUUAUUGUAGUCCGAGAUGAAUGCGGGUAUUCCGAUGAGGGGGAAAGCGAGGAAUGUUCGGGGUGCGGGGCAUGCGAGCGCUUCCAGGAGCCGGAACCUGGGGCGCUCAGCCCGCCUGAAGGGUACAAAGAUAUGGGGCUAUUUAACAGAGACGGUACUUUGCGGGAACAGGCUUGGUGGGAAGCGGGAGAUGUUGUUUUGGUCGGCGAGAGAUCCGGCACGGUGUUCACACCGCAACACCUGCAACUUCUACGUCGCUUACAAAGAGAGAGGAUGCUCCGAUCAACGGUGUGUGCUGACUGCGACGCUCACACGUCGAUUCAUCAGCCUCUCGGUAUGGAAUACACGUACGAAGAGGAUGAAAGCAGUGACGCGGACCGUGAGCUCCGGCCCAUAGCACGACGCACCGGCAAGCACAUAGCAGCUGGCGAAGAACGGCCUAGGAUCAAUUCUAGUCAACAAACUACACCUAUCGACGAUUGCCCACCAGAUUUAUGUAUCGAAGAGAUCAGAGUAGAGUUGCCGUCGGCGCCUCUAACGAGUGAAGACAGUGACACAGCUGAUACGGAAGGUCGAAUAUCCUCGGACAGCUCGCCUUCACGGCAACGACGUGCGGGCAUUCUGAAGGGCGGCAGAUUGUGGAAAUCUUUGGACAACGAUAAAGACAGCAAUGAACAGAACGACGACCAACGGUCAACAACAGCCAGCGAUGAAGACGGCUCAGUCACACCGAGGUCGGUGCGAUUUGUGGAACGAGCCAAGGAACCAGAAGACGACGACAAACAAAAAACCGCAACGGAGCAAACACAAACAAUGGUCGAGACUACGCAGAAGGACAGCACGAGCACCGCCCACCGAUUGGAGACGCCUUUAAUACUCACGCUAAAUGCCCCGAAGGCCAAUUCGGCGGUACAACAAUUGUUUAAUAGUAACCGACCGCCACCGCCCGCCAUUGAGCCGCAAUUAAUCACCUCGGAAACUUUACGUGCAUGGGACGCCGGAGUCAGGCCAAAAAGUGAAGAAACCGCCGUGCGACGGGUGGCAGAACGAAACGCCCUCAGAUGUUCCCUACUUCGAAGCGAAGCAAGGAAGAAACAACAACCAAAGCAAGAAGGGGCGUCACUGGCUGAGCGAAUUCGCUUGCUCACGUGUGACGUAGAGGACGAGCCUGAGGAACAGCGCUCCUCCCCCGCCGGGGCGAGCGUGGACAAGUUCUCGAACAGCGACAAGUCGAGUGACAAAUCGUUUAAUGGAGUCGACAAGAGCAACGAGAAAGCGUUCGGGAGCGGGUCGUCUAGUUCGUCGUCGUCUACGCUGUCAGCGCCGGUGCCGACGCGGCGGCCGCCCGAUUUGGGCGAUGUACAUCAAGAACCACAUAAGCCCCGAGCAGAGCCUCGCCGGCAGUUCCUAUCCACGCUGGCGCCUCUCACGGCGUGUGUGGGCAACGCUCACCACGAGGGCUUCUACUACGUGCCUCCUGGGGGUAACACAGCGUCCAAUACUGAGUUGGACAUACAUGAGACUAAUGACGCGCCAGCACCUGAUGUCGUUGCUGGAACACCAGGCGCUACAGACGACGAUAGUUUAGCAGCGUUUGCUAGAGCAUCGGCGCCGCGAACUGAAAGGCUGCGGCAGCGAUACGGCCAGGAGUCGCAGCCUGGCAGUAGUGAUGAUGAACAUGAUGACUAUGGAUUCCACCGGCGUCCAGCGGUCCGCGGAAUCGCUGUGAAACAGCAGCUGGGAGCCUCAGACGACAUACUACAGCAGAUGCAGAGCGAGUUACAACCAACGCCCAGCUCGACACCAAUGCAGAUGCCGGCACACGCUUGCCAGCGGACCACGAGCGCGAACUACGCGUGGCCGUACUACUCGGAGGCGAACCUUAACUCGCGCCCGCAGAGCCGGGCCAGUGUUAAUACCAAUUGGUCGGCGAAAUCUUCAGAUUACGUCACGGCGCGACAAUGCAGCACUACGCCAGUCCCACAACAACACACAGACGCCUGUUACGCACACGCUCAAAACAUGGCCACAUACACACACUAUCAACAACAACGGCAGCAACAAGAAAAUAUGUACAGAAAUUGUUCUCUCUAUGCAAACAUUGGUUGUUCGGAUAGUAGUCAAGAACUUUAUAGUUCGCAAACGAGUUCGGAACAGACUUCGCCGGUGAGGUCUCGGUGUCGCAGGCCAGAGUCUCCGCCGCCGAUUCGGAGUCAUCACCAGCUGCUGUAUGUGCCUUAUAGCACCCACUAUCACUACCAGCAGGAGUAUAACCAGCACUGGACGGCUAAUGACUAUGGUCGUAUGCAAUCAUACUACCAGCAGCAGAGUCGAAGCGGCGCCAGCACGCCACAGCCGACGGCGCCGCAGCCCCAGCGAGCACAUUACACGCACCCACUGCAAUUACAGACUCUCUGCCCUGCUCCAGCUAGAUACAGGACAGUGCCAGCUCCUCAGCCGGGUGGUGGAAAGCAUAUGAUUUGCUACUCCGAGAAGGUGGCGCCGCCGCUGUACCAGCCGGCGCCGGGGUCGCCGUCGCGCGCGCGCACCGCCCCGGAAGGCGCGCCCUCCGCGGUAAAUGCUCCAAGUGCUACUUCGCCAAUGGCCGUACCACCAAACCCUAUAUAUUAUGCCAUGAAUGUCUGAUAGGAAUAGAUAACUGGGUCCAAUCUGAACCUCAGAAACUGAAACCCAGGACCUACACGUGUGACGCUGAAUCAUCUGGUAUCAUACAUUCACUGAUCUGAAGAAUCUCAUUGAAUUGUGUUUUAUACGACGCUUUCGCUUUGUAUAAAUUUAAUUGUCCAUAAGAUUGCAAACACCGGUUCAACGGAGACUACGUAUGACGUGACUUAGAAACGUUUUGAAUAUGAAAUUUUAUUGUGAUUGAAAAAACGAAAAAAAAAAAAUUAAAUUUGUCGUCUGUAACCUUUUAAGAAUUCAUACCUUUGUAAGGAACACUGUCAUUUAGGAGGAACAUCGGUUCGACUAUAAUGACUCGUUUCCCGCAAAGGAUAUUUGACAACCAAAGUCGUGAUUGGAGGUGUCUCAGAUUUUAUAGCCAAAGAUAAUGAAUUAUGUAGAUAAUAAUAUAUUUUAAACGUUUUUGUAAAUAUUUAUAAUUUUCUUCCAAAAUAUAGGUGUUAGCGUUGUAGAGUUAUGUCGCAAUAAAUAACGCAAUAUUUUCUUAUAUUAUUCUGGAUAAAAACGUUUUGAUGAGUGUUCAAGUGGUAUUUAGAACUAUGUGUUACCAUGUGGUGUAACUAUGGAAACAGAGUCGUCAGCUAGCUCUCAGGAUCGUGUAGAAAUGACAUAACACAGUGUUUAAAUUGAUAACGAGCAUAUUCAUGAAAUCUAUUUACACACUUACUCGAAAUGACGGAUAGCAUUUUGAUCAGCGACAUUGUUAACAAAAGGUAUCUGAACAGUACUUUCGUUUGUAUGCUUUGAAUUUAUUUGCCUAGCGAUUGGGUUAAUAUAUUAUCAUAGUGCAUUUAUGUAUUUAAGAGAGAAAUUUAUAUGUAUAUUUAUCAGUGUUCUAGUCCCAUACGAGUUACUUGCCUAGUUUUAAAACUAGAUGGCAUCGUAUUAAAUAUCUGGGAAUUUGAUAUAAUUUUGUUAGUUAUUAUUAAAAUUUAGGUUUACAUAUUAUAUUAGCGCCCCAUUAGCAUAAUGGUCAACAAAUAAGCGUAGAAGGGUAUCUCAAUAGUCUCUAGAGAAGUCUAGAGAAGUCCCGGUUUUGGC